UUGACGCAGCUUUGGUAAUGACAGUGAAUCGGCUCCGAAAAUAGUAAUUAGAUACCAUAACGAAAUGUACCAGCGAGAUAUUGAGUCAAAGCAUGCCGACUCUACGGAUAAAUCCGCGAGUGCUGGCCAUGAGUAUGAGGAAAUACUUAAGCUAAUAGGAUUUGGUCGUGUACAAUGGAUUGUACUAUUUGCAUCCGGAUUUUUGCUAAUGAUGGUCAUAAACGAGACCAUGGGUAUGUCGUACAUUACGAUUGUAUCUCAGUGUGAUUUCCAAACAAGCUCUAUGGAUAAGGCUAUCAUGAGUGCAGCUAGUUUCAUCGGAAUAUUUUGUUCUUCAUAUUUUUGGGGUUAUCUUAGUGAUUCUAUUGGACGACGACCUGUGUUAAUAUACACUACAUUUUCUGGCAACAUCAUUUCGCUUAUCUCAAUAUUUGUUCCCAACUACUGGAUUUAUGUCGUAUUUCGCUUCUUUGUUGGCUUCUUUAUUGCUGGUGCGUCAUCAACAACAUAUGCCUAUCUGGGGGAAUUCUUCACGUCUCGUCAUCGUCCUUUAGUUAUCAACUAUGCUAGUUUAUUUGUUGGUAUUUCAACGGUUUAUGUUCCUGUUGUUGCAUGGCUGGUAAUGACAAUGGAUUGGCGUUUAGAAAUCACGGAUAAUUUUGCAUUUCGCCCUUGGCGCCUGUUGACUGUAUUUUAUUUGAUGCCCGGUGUUUUGGGUACUCUUUUGCUUUUGAAACUACCUGAAAGCCCCAAAAUUCUAAUAUCUAUGGGUAAAACCGAAGAGGCUUUUGCCGCCAUCAAUUGGAUUGCUCUCAAAAACUCAGGCAAGGAGUUACGGGAGCUCAAAGUAGAAAAACUGAAGAUAGACGUAAUUCCUGAAAGAGAAAAUGGAAUUUGUGUGUCCAAUUCAGCAUCAAUCGUGUUGAAGAAAAUGUGGCAAGAUACUGCUCCGUUGCUGAAGAAACCGCAUUUAUUAAACUUCAGCAUCAGUUGCACAGUCAUGUGUGGCCUGUUCUUCAGCUCAUCUGGCAUGGGUUUAUGGUAUCCAGAAAUAUUAAAUCGCUUGGGAUCGACCAUAGUUGAAGAUAUUACCACCGUCUGUCAGGUAAUCGAUGCCUCUAUUGACCAAUCGCACCUCAACCUAACAAAUUCACAGAUUUGCAACGAUCAAAUUAGUAUCAAAAGCUACAUAGACACAAUUACUUAUGGCUCGGCUCUCAUCGCUGGCUACAUUGUGAUGGGCUUUGUCAUCAAUCGUAUCGGUCGAAAGGCCUCCAUUACAGGGGGACUAUCUAUUGCAGCUGGUUGUGCUGUAGCUUUGAUCUGGAUCACAGAUGAGAUCGCCAUCGUAGUCUGUUUCUGCUUGUACCUUGUACUGCCUGGACUUUGCAUAUCGGUGUUGAGUGGAGCUGUCGUCGAUCUGGUUCCCACCCACCUAAGGGGUAAAGCUGUCUGCAUCUGCUUGAUGCUGGGUAGAACGGGCAGCGUUUUUGGAAGUAAUAUCAUUGGAGUUCUAUUAGAAUCCUAUUGUACCAUUACUUUUGGAGUAUUUUCUGGUUUUGUUUUGGAAUCAGUUGUAUAUGUUCUCUCCAAGAUGCAACACCUCAAUACUGAUGACAAUUUUGGUAGAGAUGCAUUAGAAUAUGAUGAGAUAUUGGAAAAGAUUGGCUACGGCAAGACACAAUGGAUACUCCUGAUUGUGAGUGGUCUGCUCACAAUCACCUCAGUUGCUGCCCAACAGUCCAUGGGGAUCGUGGUGCUGGCCUCCGACUGUGAAUUUCAACCGUCGCAGGCCGAGAAGGGGGUUAUGAUGGCGGCAUGUGUGGCGGGCAUCUUUCUAUCGACUUAUAUAUGGGGAUACGUCAGCGAUGCUAUAGGUCGUCGUACAGUUCUACUCUAUGGAAUCUUUGUAUGCAUUGGCCUUCAGUUCAUUCUCAUGUUUGUUACAAGCGUUUGGCUCUUCAACAUUAUCAACUUGAUCGCCGGUAUCAGUCUCGGAGGCGUCUCUGGUGGGCUUUACCCAUAUUUGAGUGAAUUUAAUAUACCUCGUCAUCGUGCUGUGACAAUAAACUACUCAACUAUGUUUGUUAGUUUAACUGCAAUCUAUGUUCCAGCUGUCUCAUGGUUAAUAUUAUCUUCGGAUUGGUCAAUCCAUCUGCUUGGGGAUUUCUAUUUCCGUCCAUGGCGUUUAAUAAUGCUGGCAAAUCUCUUACCCGGCCUUAUUGGAGGACUCAUUCUUCUCAUUUACCCAGAAAGUCCAAAACUAUUGCUUGCAUUAAACAAAGAAACGGAAGCAAUGGAAGCUGUCGAUUGGAUCAGUAAAUUUAACCGUGGCUGGCCAGUUACACGCAUCUUAAAUCGCAAUGAGUUUAGCUUAAAACCGGAAGUCGAAAUGGAUGAAAAUAUUUUGGCCAAUGCUAAAGGUUGUAACUUCCUUUUAAACAUUGCUCGUGCCACACGCCCGCUAUUCCAAAAGCCGCAUGGCUGCAACUUUAUUUUAUGCAUCGUGGCUGUAUUCGGCAUGUUUUUCAGUUCAAAUGGAAUGCAGUUGUGGUUUCCUGAAAUCGUAAAUCGAACUUCCAGCGCUGGGUCAAAUUCUUCAAUGACAGUUUGUGAAAUAUUGGAUAAUUCGUACAUGCAGCCGAAACCCAAUGCAACAAUGAUGUGCUCCGAUACCAUAUCAACUAAGACCUAUAUUGAUAACAUGAUAGUCGGAGCUGCGUUCUUAAUUGGGUUCUCAAUACAAGGAACUCUGCUUAAUCCCUUGGGGCGCAAGAAUGUUCUUAUGGCCGGUCUAACUCUUUCGAUCUUAAGUGGAAUUCUAUUGCACAUAUUGUCGAAUACCACAGCUGUUCUUAUUUUAUUCUGUCUCUAUAUUCUUUUGCCUGGACUAACGAUUUCCAUAAUGUUGGGAGCAAUUGUAGACUUGGUUCCCACGCACUUAAGAGGAAAAGCUGUCAGUUUGUGCAUGACCUUAGGACGCUUUGGAAUUAUUGCUGCAACUAAUCUAAUAGGAGUUAUGCUGCAGCCAUAUUGCAAUUCAACAUUUGCACUCUUAACAUUUAUUCUAAUAGUUUGCAUCGUGACUGUUUAUCGGUUACCUAUCAAGAAUUCAACAUAAAUCAUACCCAGAGGUAUUUACAAUACAGAUAGUACAUAUAUAAAUAAAGUUGUUGGCAAGACUAUAUACAUACAUGUCCAACUCGUUUUUUGACCAAAUUUGAGACCGCUGACCUUAAUUGUUUGCUUGCUAGAAUGCAGUGCGGAGGUGUUUGCAAAAAGCCGCGCCUUUGUAUACCCUAUACAAAUAAGGCAUGUAUGGUAUCUUUAGUGAAAUGAAAACAUUACUCUAUAGUUGGCAUCUGAAUCAUUUAUAUAUUUGUCCAAUAUAAUAAAGAUUAGAUUUAUAUUAAAGUUUAAGUAUUAGUUAACUAGAGCCAUGGUAAGAUGCAAAAGGAACAACGAAUAUAAAGAAACUAAGGUCGUAUAUGCUGAUUCGUUUGAAGAUGGUUGAAAACUAAAGAAUUGAAUUUUAUCCUACAAUAGUAUAAGACAGCAGCAUUAAAUUCAUUAAUUAUUAAUAGAUUAUUAAUAUAUAGAAUUCAUUUAAAAUAGUGAA